CCCCAUGGAGCUGUCGCCCGCGUCCGGGGGCGCCGCCGAGGCGCGCUCGUGGCCCGAGAUGUUCCCGGCGCUGGAGCCGUCCGACUCGCCGCUGCCCCCCGACGAGCUGGAGGCGGCCGUGCCCGUGAGCGGCGCCGUGGCCGGGGGCAUGCUGGACCGCAUCCUCUUGGAGUCGGUGUGCCAGCAGCAGAGCUGGGUCCGCGUGUACGAUGUGAAAGGGCCACCCACCCAUCGCCUGUCUUGCGGCCAGUCCCCCUACACGGACAGUACCACAUGGGAGCGGAAGUACUGCAUCCUCACAGACAGCCAGCUGGUGCUGCUCAACAAGGAGAAGGAGAUGCCUGUGGAGGGGGGACCGGAGCAGCAGACAGAGGCCACCAAAGGGCGGUGCCUGAGGAGAACCGUCAGUGUUCCUUCUGAGGGCCAGUUUCCUGAGUACCCACCAGAGGGCACUGCUAAACUGGAGGUGCCGGCAGAACGGUCCCCCCGCAGACGGAGUAUCUCAGGGACCAGUACAUCUGAGAAGCCCAGCUCCAUGGACCCUGCAAAUACCUCACCCUUCAAAGUCCCAGGAUUCUUCAGCAAGCGCCUGAAAGGCUCCAUCAAGAGGACCAAAAGCCAAUCAAAGCUUGAUAGGAACACCAGCUUCCGACUCCCAUCCCUGCGCAACACCGAGGACAGGUCCCGGGGGCUACCUAAGCUCAAGGAAUCUCGUUCGCAUGAGUCCUUGCUGAACCCCUGCAGUGCUGUGGAGUGCCUGGAUCUAGGGCGCGGGGAGCCCAUUGCAGUGAAGCCCCUUCAUAGUAGCAUCCUUGGGCAAGACUUCUGCUUUGAGGUUACCUACUUUAGUGGAAGUAAAUGCUUCAGCUGUAACUCUGCUUCAGAGAGGGACAAGUGGAUGGAAAACCUUCGCCGAACAGUACAGCCAAAUAAGGACAAUUGCAGGCGUGCCGAAAAUGUUCUUCGUCUAUGGAUUAUUGAAGCCAAGGACCUUGCCCCGAAAAAGAAAUAUUUCUGUGAACUGUGCCUUGAUGAUACCCUCUUCGCUCGUACAACCAGCAAGACCAAAGCAGACAAUCUUUUCUGGGGGGAACAUUUUGAAUUUUAUAGCCUUCCACUUCUUCAUAGCAUCACGGUUCACAUCUAUAAAGAUGUGGAAAAGAAGAAGAAGAAAGACAAGAAUAACUAUAUUGGACUCGUCAACAUUCCCACUGCCAGCGUGACGGGACGCCAAUUUGUGGAGAAGUGGUACCCCAUCAGUACCCCUACUCCCAACAAGGGCAAAGCGGGUGGACCUUCUAUUCGGAUUAAAUCCCGUUUUCAGACUAUCACCAUCCUGCCCAUGGAGCAAUACAAGGAGUUUGCUGAGUUUGUCACCAGCAACUACACCAUGCUGUGUUGUGUCCUUGAGCCCGUCAUCAGCGUGAGGAACAAAGAAGAGCUGGCAUGUGCUUUAGUGCACAUUCUUCAGAGUACUGGCAGAGCCAAGGACUUCCUCACCGACCUGGUGAUGUCUGAGGUGGACCGUUGUGGGGACCAUGACGUCCUGAUCUUCCGAGAGAACACCAUCGCCACCAAGUCCAUUGAAGAGUACCUGAAGUUGGUGGGCCAGCAGUACCUGCACGACGCCCUGGGGGAGUUCAUCAAAGCCUUGUACGAGUCAGAUGAGAACUGUGAGGUUGAUCCCAGCCGGUGCUCAUCCAGUGAACUGAUGGAUCACCAGAGCAACCUGAAAAUGUGCUGUGAGCUGGCCUUCUGCAAGAUAAUCAACUCCUACUGUGUUUUCCCACGAGAACUGAAGGAAGUGUUUGCCUCCUGGAAGCAGCAGUGCCUGGCCCGCGGCAAGCAGGACCUCAGCGAGCGGCUCAUUAGUGCCUCGCUUUUCUUGCGCUUCCUGUGCCCAGCCAUCAUGUCGCCCAGCCUCUUCAAUCUCAUGCAGGAGUACCCCGAUGAUCGCACCUCCCGCACUCUCACGCUCAUCGCCAAGGUCAUCCAGAACCUUGCCAACUUCGCCAAAUUUGGAAACAAAGAAGAAUACAUGGCGUUUAUGAAUGAUUUCUUAGAACACGAGUGGGGCGGAAUGAAACGCUUUCUCUUGGAGAUCUCUAACCCAGACACCAUCUCCAACACCCCAGGCUUUGAUGGCUACGUGGACCUGGGUCGGGAGCUCUCGGUGCUGCAUUCCUUACUCUGGGAGGUGGUGUCCCAGCUGGAUAAGGCAACCGUGGCAAAGUUGGGGCCUCUCCCUCGGGUUCUUGCUGACAUUACCAAGUCGCUGACGAACCCAACACCCAUUCAACAGCAGCUUCGGCGCUUUACAGAGCAUAACUCCAGCCCCAACAUCAGCAGCAGCCUUUCCUCGGGGCUGCAGAAGAUCUUUGAAGAUCCUGUGGACAGCGAUAGGCAGCGGCUGAGGUCACCUAGCCAGGACCCCCCAGACAGCUACUUCCGUGGGAAGACACUGCUGCUGGUGCAGCAGGCCUCAUCGCAGAGCAUGAGCUGCUCAGACCGGGACGAGAAGGAGACCGGGCUGCCCAAUGGCCGAAGCGUUUCCCUCAUGGACCUGCAGGACACACACGCGGCACCUGGGGAGCUGCCGGCCCUUGUGCUGGACACGCCACUGCGCCUGGCCGGCAGCCAGCUGUCCAUCACCCAGGUGGCCAGUAUCAAGCCACUGCGAGAGGCUCAGAGCGCCCCCCAGAGUGCCCCACAAGUGCGACGGCCCCUGCACCCUGCCCUCACACAGCCCCUGUGCUUCCAGAAUCCCGUGUACCACCUCAGCAACCCGGCGCCUGCCCUGCCCAAGGCGUCAGCAGACUCCAGUCUGGAGAACCUAAGCACAGCCAGUUCCCGCAGCCAGAGCAAUAGUGACGACUUCAAGCUCAGCGGGCCCAGCAAUAGCAGCCUGGAGGACUGCACCAGGCGCAGCGCCCAGAGUGAAGAUUUCUCCCGGCGCCAUGGUCCCCUGGCGCUACCUCGGCAGAACAGCACUGGGCUAGCUCCAGGCCAUCGAGCUGAGCACAUGGGACCCGGGGCACGAGCCAAGGCCCCACAUUCCCUGCCUCACGGUGCUUCCCUGCGCAGCACCCGCAGCGCGUCAGCUGAGCCUGCGCAGAAUGGAAGCCGGUCCCGGCAGCAGUCAUCCUCAUCCCGAGAGAGCCCAGUCCCCAAAGUGAGGGCCAUCCAGAGGCAGCAGACCCAACCUAUUGGGGUACAGUCCCCUGUGGACUCAGCCACCAUGUCCCCCGUGGAGAGGACAGCAGCCUGGGUCCUCAACAAUGGGCAGUAUGAAGAGGGCGUGGAGGAAGCAGAACAGGCGCAGGAUGAAGCCAAGCAUGCUGAAAAGUACGAGCAGGAGAUCGCCAAGCUGAAAGAGCGACUGCGUGUGUCAAGCCGGCGGCUGGAAGAAUAUGAGCGGCGCCUGCUGGUGCAGGAGCAGCAGAUGCAGAAGCUGCUAUUGGAGUACAAGGCACGGCUGGAAGAGAGUGAGGAGCGGCUGCGCCGUCAGCAGGAGGAGAAGGACAGUCAGAUGAAGGGCAUUAUCAGUAGGCUGAUGGCAGUGGUUUCCGGCUUGCAGAGUGCCCCAAUUUUCAGGCUGACUAAAACCUGGGCGUUAUUAAGUCGAAAAGACAAAACUACCUUUGAGAAAUUAGAAUAUGUAAUGAGUAAAGAAGAUAACUACAAAAGACUCAGAGACUAUAUAAGUAGCUUAAAGAUGACACCUUGCAUUCCCUAUUUAGGUAUCUUUUUGUCAGAUUUAACAUACAUUGAUUCAGCAUAUCCUUCAACUGGCAGCAUUCUAGAGAAUGAGCAAAGGUCCAAUCUAAUGAAUAAUAUCCUCCGAAUCAUUUCAGACUUACAGCAGUCCUGUGAAUAUGAUAUCCCCAUGUUGCCUCAUGUCCAGAAAUACCUGAAUUCCAUGCAGUAUAUCGAAGAGCUACAGAAGUUUGUGGAAGACGACAAUUACAAACUUUCCUUAAAGAUAGAACCAGGAACAAGUACCCCACGCUCUGCUGCUUCCAGGGAAGACUUAGUAGGUCCUGAAGUGGGCGCAUCCCCACAGAGUGGCCGCAAGAGUGUGGCAGCCGAAGCAGCGUUGCUCCCCGCCACACCACCCUCACCCCGGAACCUCAUUCCUCACGGACACAGGAAGUGCCACAGCUUGGGUUACAAUUUCAUUCACAAGAUGAACACAGCGGAGUUUAAGAGUGCAACGUUCCCCAAUGCAGGCCCCCGACACCUGCUGGACGACAGUGUCAUGGAGCCCCACGCCCCAUCUCGAGGCCAUGCUGAGAGCUCCACGCUCUCCAGCGGCAUCUCCAUUGGUAGCAGUGAUGGCUCUGAGUUAAGUGAAGAAACCUCGUGGCCUGCUUUUGAAAGGACCAGAUUAUACCAUUCUCUGGGCCCGGUGACAAGAGUGGCACGAAAUGGCUAUUGGAGCCACCUGAAGGCCAGCAGUUCUGCAGAAUCAGAAGAUCUGGCCGUGCACUUAUACCCAGGAGCUGUUACUAUUCAGGGCGUCCUCCGGAGGAAAACACUGCUAAAAGAAGGCAAAAAACCUACAGUAGCAUCAUGGACAAAAUACUGGGCAGCUUUAUGCGGGACACAACUUUUUUAUUAUGCUGCCAAAUCUCUCAAGGCCACCGAACGGAAACAUUUCAAAUCCACCUCCAAUAAGAACGUGUCCGUGGUUGGGUGGAUGGUGAUGAUGGCUGAUGACCCGGAGCACCCAGAUCUCUUCUUACUGACCGACUCUGAGAGGGGAAACUCGUACAAGUUCCAAGCUGGCAACAGGAUGAACGCAAUGCUGUGGUUCAAGCAUCUGAGUGCUGCCUGCCACAGCAACCAGCCACAGGCACCUACGAACUUGAUGACUUUCGAGUGAAGCCUAGGAAGGACGGAGGUGUGGUGCUGCUACCGUGGGUGGCGGGAGCCUGCCGGAAGAGCGCCGGCUACAAAGCAGCCUUGUGCCAGGCAGAGCCCCGAGGUGCCCGCCCAGCCUUUGGAGUUCCGACCCCGAAGCAGCGCUCACUUCAGGGUGCCAAGCGAGCUCUUUCCAGACACCAAACUGCCGUGGACCCUGCUGCUCCUCUCAGAACCGACCUGUGGAAACCACUGCCUUAAAGAAUGAAAGGGAAACCCACCCAAACACCAAA